UAAAGAAAAGUCCUAAUUGAUUAUAUCCCAUGUGCACAGCAACAGCUUGGAAGGACUUCUUUUCUUUUUUUCCCCCCUUUCUGUUUUUCUUUAACCUGUGCUCUUUCAGAUCCAUACUCACUUGCUAAUUCAACUCCUUUUCUGACUAUGAAUAACACACACUUGGCAUUUUCAUUUCAACCUGUGCUGCUUAAUGUCACUGAAGACUUCAAUGACUCCAUUCUGAACAACAGAAGCAGCGAUGGAUUUUGUGAGCAGGUCUUCAUAAAAGCAGAGGUCUUCUUGACUUUAGGGAUCAUCAGCCUACUGGAAAACAUCCUGGUCAUUCUUGCAGUGCUGAAGAAUGGAAACCUGCAUUCUCCCAUGUAUUUCUUCCUCUGUAGCUUGGCUGUAGCAGAUAUGUUAGUGAGCAUGUCAAAUGCCUUGGAGACUAUAAUGAUUGCAAUCCUGAGCAACGGCUAUUUGAUCAUUGAUGACCACUUUAUCCAGCAUAUGGACAAUGUUUUUGACUCAAUGAUCUGUAUAUCUUUGGUAGCCUCAAUUUGCAACCUCUUGGUUAUAGCCAUUGACAGGUACAUAACUAUUUUCUAUGCUCUCCGUUACCACAGUAUCAUGACUGUGAAGAAAGCUUUAACCCUGAUUGUGGUCAUUUGGAUUGCUUGUAUCAUCUGUGGCAUCAUAUUUAUCGCCUACUCAGAAAGCAAAACUGUCAUUGUCUGUCUCAUCACUAUGUUCUUUACCAUGCUCUUUCUUAUGGCCUCCCUUUAUGUCCACAUGUUCUUGUUUGCACGCCUGCACGUUAAGCGGAUCGCGGCCCUGCCUGUGGACGGGGUGCCCUCCCAGCGCACCUGCAUGAAGGGAGCUGUCACCAUCACUAUAUUACUAGGGGUCUUCAUUGUUUGCUGGGCACCUUUUUUCCUUCACCUCAUCCUCAUCAUCUCUUGCCCAAUGAAUCCAUACUGUGUCUGCUACACUUCACACUUUAAUACCUAUCUGGUUUUGAUAAUGUGCAAUUCGGUCAUUGAUCCACUCAUUUAUGCUUUCCGGAGUCUGGAGAUGAGAAAGACUUUCAAAGAAAUUGUAUGUUGCUGUUCUGGCAUGAGUGUGGGACAGUGCAUGCUGUGAGCCUCUGGCUUUGUGUUGAGAAUAGAGAGGAUACACACAAUAGGUCUAUGACUAUAUAUAUCUAUAUAUAUAUGUACCUUGAUACAUAGUAGUUCAACUUUAAAAGCCAUGCUCAAAGGAAAGGCACAGGAAAGAAUAAAUAACCUUGAUGCCUUGAUUCAUACUUUUCAAAAUGAAAACCAGAUUCAACUAAAUUAUUCAAAAUUUCUUAAAUAGUUAUGACAAGAGGAAAUCCAGA